AAACCGCCCCGGCCUCUCCCUAUCACGGCCGCGUCCUGCACAGAGAGCUUCAGAGGGCACAGUGAGGAGCCAAGGAGGGAGAUGGCUUCCAGCUCACCGUCUCCUCGUCCUUCGCCGCGCCUCCUCCCCCUCCUCGCCGUGGCGGCCAUCCUGCUGCUGCUAGGCCCCGGCGGAGGCGUUGAGGCCAGGCAGCCGCCGCCGCUCCACGGCGUGCGGCCCAUGGCCUUCGAGGAGGGCUACACCCAGAUCUUCGGCAGCGCCAACCUCGCCCUCCGCGGCGAGGGCCGGCGCGUCCACCUCUCCCUCGACGAGGCCACCGGCGCCGGCUUCGCCUCCCAGGACCUCUUCCUCCACGGCUUCUUCAGCGCCGCCGUCAAGCUCCCCGCCGACUACGCCGCCGGCGUUGUCGUCGCCUUCUACCUGACGAACGGCGACAGGUACGAGAAGACCCACGACGAGCUGGACUUCGAGUUCCUGGGCAACGUGCGCGGCCGCGAGUGGCGGGUGCAGACCAACGUCUACGGCAACGGCAGCACCGGCGCCGGCAGGGAGGAGCGCUACGACCUCCCAUUCGACCCCACCGACGACUUCCACCACUACUCCAUCCUCUGGACCAAGCACCGCAUCAUAUUCUACGUGGACGAGACGCCGAUCAGGGAGGUGGCGCGGACGGAGGCCAUGGGCGCGGCGUUCCCCUCCAAGCCCAUGUCCCUCUACGCCACCAUCUGGGACGGCUCCGCCUGGGCCACCCUCGGCGGCCGCUACCGGGUCGACUACAAGUACGCGCCCUUCGUCGCCCAGUUCGGCGACCUCGUCAUGCAGGGCUGCCCCGUCAGCAACAACAACCCCGCGGCGGCGGCGCCGGCGUCGUGCGGCACGCCAUGGUACGAGGCCGCCGCGUCCCUGUCCGGCGAGCAGCGCAGGGCGAUGGCGGCGUUCCGGCGCGGCCACAUGUCCUACUCCUACUGCCACGACCGGCGCCGGUACCCGGUCGCCCUGUCCGAGUGCGACGCCGCGCGGCUCCGUCGCCUCUUCGGCCCGGACGGGAUGAGGUUCGGCCGCCGUGGAGCGCGCGGCCGCCGCUCCGACGUUGCCAUGUGAUCCCGCGCGGCCGGCGCGCCCCGCCCAUCCGUCGCGCCACAGCAUGGCAUUGGCACGGGCGUUCCGGCAGUGGGAGUUCCAGGCUGUAUAGAGAAGGCUUGGUGGGGCGGCGUCCUUGCUUGCUAGGGUGACUGACUGUGCCGCGCGCGGUGGAGCGAGACCGGUCGGAAUUUAUGCCCCCCGUUGUUCGUCACGAAGGUUUCCCGCGGCUCACGCGCGCGUUGUACUCCCGCCCUGCCCUGCCCCAUCCGCCAUGGAUCCGGGGCGGGCGAGUAGCUUAGCGUUUAUUGCCUCCUCUGGACCAUGCAUUGAUCCGUGCCAUUGAUGAUCGACUCAACAACGUUAAUUCCGAGCUGGUUAGGAAGAAGCAUUUGCUCC